AUGGACGUUUGCAGCCUGCCCGUGGAGCUCUUUCGGGCGAUCCUGGCCUACCUGUCCCUGGCUGACCUGGGCCGCUGCGGCACGGUGUGCCGGGCCUGGCGUGAGCUCAUACUGGGCUUGGACAAAACCCUCUGGCGCCAGUUAUUCUGGCGCCGCCCCGAGUGGCGUCACCCCAGCUGGCCCAUCCGGCCUCACGAGGAACCCCCUUCGUGGAGGGAGGCCCUGCGGAAGAACCUGCAAGCCACUCGCAUCUGGAGCCUGCACGCUCCCGAACUGGACCCCUCCAGCUGCCUCCACCUGUUCCGUCGCCGGAAGGAGUGUCGGUUGUGGCACGUUGGAGCCGGAUGCGAACAUAAGACGCUUCGGGGAGCCCUGGGGGCAGCGGGGGCCUAUGACAGGGUACUCCUGCACCCUGGGGUGUACGAGGAGCAGGCGGAAGUGGUUCUGAAGGUACCUGUGGAGGUUAUAGGCAACGGGAAGUUUGGGGAGGUCACAUUACUAGUGAGCAUUGACCAGCAGUGUCCUACUGCUCGAUUCUGUAACCUGGUCCUCAUGCCUCCCUGGUUCUCACCGGUAAUCUACAAGACGUCUUCUGGCCACGUGCAGUUGGACAGCUGUAACUUGGAAGGUGGCCAGCUGCAGAUUCGAGGACCUGGGACUUGCCUGGUCAGGUUCUGCUCAUUCGGACGAGCAGGAGGAGCCAGCUUCCAGGGAGUGUCGCUCAGCUUGCUGGAAAACUGUGACUUCUCAGGCAGCAAUGCCAGUUCCGUCACUGUGGAGGGUGCGCCCGUCUUGGACCGCAACUGGGCUUGGAAGCACCUGAGCGUCCUGGCCAGGUCUUCCACCCCUAACCCUACUGCAGCAGAAGAAGGGAACAGAAAAGAGGAGAGGACAAAUGGUACCAACCCCCCGUGUGUGGCUGCAGCCCAGGAGGAGGAGUGGAUGAAGAAAGGGGGUCAUAAGAGGAGGAGGUGCUGGGAGUGCAGAGAGGACUUUGUGGUCAAGGGCAGCUGCAGCGAAAGUGAGCCAAGCGAGGAAGAGGACGGAGCCUGUGAUGAAGGAGAUAGCCUCCUUGUAGGAGCUUAUACGCUCUCCCAUGAUCAUCACAGCCUCGCUCACCUUUUGACGAAGCCGCAAGGCUGGUCUUGCUCUGGCCCCAGCAUGGAGACCCCUGGGAUACGCACUCUCCAGCAAGAGCUGCAGCUGGAUCAGGAGGCUUCGCUUCUGGCCAGCUCGAUCCAGGGCUGCGUCCUGCGGGGCUGCCUGUUCCGGGACGGCAAGGGAGGCGUGCUGGCGUGCAACGGUGGCCGGGCCCGGCUGGAGGGCAACGCGUUCCGAGGCCUGCACUGCGGAGUGCGCUGCGUGCAAAAUGCCAGGAUUGUAAUGCUGCGGAAUGAGGUGUGUGGGUGCUGGGCAUCUGGUGUGUUCCUGCGCCUCUCUGCCCAGGGGCUCAUCGCCGAGAAUGACAUUCACACCAACGGAGAGGCAGGCUUGGACAUCCGCAAGGGAGCCAACUCCAUCGUCCUGUGUAACAGGAUACACGGUGGUCUGCGUUCCGGGAUCGUCGUCCUUGGAAACGGGAAAGCCUCCAUCCGCAGCAACAAGAUCUACGGCAAUAAGGAGGCUGGCAUCUACAUACUGUACAAAGGGAACCCCGUGGUGAGGGGGAACCACGUCUUCCAGGGCCAGGCGGCAGGAAUUGCGGUCUGUGAGAAUGGCAGGGGCCUCAUUGUUGACAAUGUGAUUGAGGAGAACCAGUGGGGGGGUGUCGAUGUCAGAAGGGGGGGUGACCCAGUUCUGAGGAAUAACUUCAUAUGUCAUGGCUACUCAGACGGCGUGGUACUGGGUGACAGGAGCCGGGGACUUGUCGAGGGAAAUCACAUCUACUGCAAUAAGGGCUGUGGUGUUUGGGUCAUGUCAUCCAGCCUGACCCAGGUCUCAGGGAACCACAUCACUCACAACGGGAUGUACGGUGUGGCUGUGUUCUGCCACAAAGAUGAAGAUGGUGCUGAAAGAGGAGCAGGGGGAAGCGACCACAGCUUCAGUGGGGAGGGCGAGCUGCUCACCUGGGAGGGGAACUUGGAGAUCGAGGAUGAGCCUCCGCUGUUCCGCCGACCUAUCAGCAUCACCCUCGUGGAGAGCAACUGCGUGAGUCAUAACGGAGGGGCAGGGCUGUACGUGAGAAGCAACGAGGCCCUGAACGUGGUCGGCAACGCCGUGCACAGUAACCUGGGAGCGGGUGUGUCUGUGCUGCAGAGCGAUCUGCCGGCCCACCUGCUCGCCAACUGCAUAGCGAGCAACAGCCACGCAGGAGUCACCGUGGAGACGGGCUGCUGCGUGGAACUGCGCGGCAACGGCAUCUACGACAACGGAGGCCACGGGGUGAGCUGCCGCGGCGACGGGCAGAUCGUGGAGAACGAUGUGGUGGGGAACGGCGGCUGCGGGAUACGGUUGAUGGAGUCCAAUGACAUCAGGGUGCUAAGGAACCGUGUUCAGCCGUUGCGGGGUUGUGGUAUUGCGGUGCUCGGGGAGGUGAAGGGGGCUGUGGAGAACAACACGCUGUUCCAGAGCAGCCCUAGGAGCAGCAAACCCCUGCUCUACCAGGACCCCAGCAACAGCACCUGCCUGCUGAGCAACAACACCCUGCGGGCUUGCAGCUCAUGGAGAACUGAAGAGGACGACCCAACCUGGGCCCUGGACAGCCCUCCGCCCCGCCCUCAGUUGGAGAGCCGGUCCAGCAUCACCCCAUCGACCACACAGCGGCCCAUUACAACCACGGACCGGAUCAGUGCCAGGGUGGAGAGCGCCUUCCCUAACCGUGCCAGUAUAGUCUGUGCCAUCCUGUGA